UAUGUAAGAAUUGGAUUUCUUGAGGAUACAGAGGGAAAGUUAGAAAUUUCUAGAGAUAGAUAAUAUCUUCAACAGAUUAGCAUCUAAUUUCGUAGAAAAAAUAUAUGUUUUAUUUAAAGAGAUUUUCCAAUAAGAACAUACAUACACGAUCUAAGUGAGUUAAACUUAACAUUAUAGGAAUUGUUGAAAUUAGCAAUAUAAAAAGAGAUUCCCUUAAAAGAUUUUAAAUUAGCAGAACAUUACAAAUUGAAUUCAAAUAUUUUUAAAGCUAAUUUGUAAAUGAUUGUCAAUGUAAUAAUCGAUGACAUUUGGAGUGCUUAUAAUAAAUAAAUUGUACUUGAUGAAAAGAGUAUAGCAGAACCAAGACAAUUAACAUAAAUAGAUGAAGAAUCAGCAAUUGAAUAAUGUUAAAGUUUGAGUGAGACAUCUAUAAUUAAAGAUAAAAAGGAUAUAGAAAUUCAAAAAUAAAUACAUUCAGCAAGAUCUCCACUUGAUAAAUUAUUAGCUGGAGAUAAAUCUCCUUAAUUUAUAUCUAUUGGUAAUUCUCCUAGACAUUCUCGUGAUAACAGUUAAAAUAUGCUCAUAAAACAACAAAAAUUAGUUAUUUAAAAUACAAAAAAGAAAAAUUCAUCAUUAAUUAAGAAUAAAAGUAUGGAUCUUAAAAAUUUAGUUGGUGAAGGUAUACUUUAACCAAAAUCAACAAAUCGUUCAUAAUUAAGUAUUAGUAAUUUACAUCUAUUGAUGUAGAAAAUGUAAGGAUAGAAAGAAAAUUUAAAAUGA